CGCAACAGUAGAAGACCAACGAAAAACAAAAUCCAAAAUGAUUGGAUUACUGCGCUAUUGGUGGAAUAGGGAGGAGCGCGAGCGUGAGCGGAACAAGGAGGUGUUUGAGCGAACGAACAAUUUUUUGGAUCUCCAGUUGCUCAGAGAGCAACGGCAAAAAGAGUCGUCGUCAAGCAAUCUUGACAUAGACAACAGCGAGGGGGAAGAGCCUGACGAUAAGUUCUGUUCAAGCCGUCAGGGCGUCAUCACCUCUCUGACCAUGAACGGUGGUGUCAUCGAUAAGUACAUCAUCUUCAACGGCCAGGCUUCCGACCAUAUAUAUCAUCAGCUAGUUGUGGGCUCAGUGGUCGAGUAUUUGGGGUACAAGAAGGGGAAAGAGGACUCCCUUAAAGUGGUCAAGAUACUCAAGACUAUUGAGCAGAACUGGGGAGAAGAGAUCACAGAUUCAACGAUAAGCCAGGCGAUGGAGGACUUAAAGCUUGAAGACUCUACCUACUUCAAAACGCAGGAGCGUACCAUCCACGGCAUCGUCAUCGGGCGCCAGACAUCCACCAUCGAACUGGAAACCAGCUCGGGAUGUCAACAAUUUGACCUGGAGAACGUUGAGAUGACAUUUGUACCAAAGAAGGGCGACAUGGUGACACUCGAGUGCGCUGUCCAGCUGGACGAUGGCUAUUUGGACAAGCAAGGGGAAAUUCUCCAGUUGCUGAAGUUGUUUCCAACACGCAUUCUCUCGAACGAAAAACGCCGGGUGGAGCGCUGUUUCCCCGAGUUCGCUGUUCUUGACAACAAUGCCUAUUUGCUGCGGGAGAAUUUCCCCUCUGGUACAGAUCUUCACAUGGGCGAUUACGUCCUGGUUGAUCUCAUCGAAUGUAAUUACUCAAAGUUCACGCUUCGCGCCAUCAAAGCGACCCCGCAGGAGAGUAGCUUUCUGAGAAUCAAGAAAGAGAAGACCUAUUGCGACGAUCGGGCGGUCAUCAUCACUGGCGCAACCCGCUUCAUAACCACUGAGCUGUGGGUGAAACAAAAGGUCACCGUCAAGGUACAAAACAAUACGUAUCGCAAGUUGGAGCUCCUGGAAGUCCAGCUAGACCAUGGCCACACGUCACAGAUGAGUGUGAUCGAGCCAAUUGGCAAAACCAGUAUUGCUGUUGACGGCAGCCUUUUGGUGAUUCUUGAGGUGGAGGCCCGCUGCAUCGGCGAAUGGUCGGAGAAAUAUACCCUGGACUUUAAUAAUUUUAAGGUGGUGCGCUUUUUCAAGAUCAUUGCCUGCGACACACAAAAGCAGGCCGACGAAGCAGAGCUUCGUCUGGUUGCCGCCGAAAGUUUUGUGGCCUCUGGCAGAUCGGAGAAGCAGCGCAACCGUAGCUAUGCCAGACAAGUGUGGAACAAAACAUUGGAUGUGGUUAGCGGUGAAAGCAUAUAUGCCGGACGACGAUUUGUGGUAACCCACAUUGGCGGCUUCGAAGUUCCAGAGAGUCUGCGCAAUGCCUACCUGAAAGACUGGCGGCAAUCGGAAAUGUUCGAUGAAUUGGAGAGAUUGUAUCCGUGCUCGACAGAGUCCCUGUGCAUGGCCAACUAUGUGCAGCGCUUCCGUUUCUUCUUGCAUUUAGAGGAAAUUGAAUUGUUCAUUAGCAUUCGAAACUUUGACAGAGACAGGGCCCACAUGGAACGGGACGGGGAGUAUCUCUCCCUCACAAUCGAGAAUCUCGCCGAGCGUCGGCCCUCGCUGGUCGUAGGCGAUUGCGUGUAUGCCACCGAUCCCUGGAAGGACGAUAAAAAAACCUACUCUGGCAUCAUACACAAGGUACUCCACGAUCGAGUGUUGCUGAAGUUCAAUUCCAACUUCCAGGCGAGUUACAAUGGCCAGGACUACCGUCUGGAGUUCUAUUUCUCCCGAUUUUGCCUUAGAAAGCAACACCACGCCAUCAAUCAAGUGGUCACCACCAUGGGCGAGCAGUUCCUCUUCCCCACCAAGGUGGUCAAGCGCGAUCAUCCGCAAUUGCAGGUGCGCCUCGCUAAUGGAGAGGAUAUGUAUCUGUUCGACACGAAGCUGGAGUGGUACAACAAAUCCCUAAACAGCAUUCAGAAGCGAGCCGUCUUUAAUAUCCUGCGGGGUGAGGCCACGAACCUGCCAUACGUGAUCUUCGGUCCGCCCGGAACCGGCAAGACCGUCACCCUGGUGGAGGCGGUGCUGCAGAUAGUACGAAACCUACCUAGUUGCCGCAUCUUGGUGGCCACACCCUCGAACAGUGCUGCGGAUCUCAUUACCAAGCGUAUCAUUGCCAGCAAAGCCCUUGUCGCUGGCGAUUUCAUUCGAAUCGUCUCACAAAAUGUGAUUGAGAAGGAACUCAUUCCGCCAGAGUUGAUGCCCUACUGCGCGACCUUGGACAUAUGCGCCGAUGGAACCGCUGAGAACACCAUGCUGGUCACCCCUUCGGGUCUGAAGCUGCGCUGCCAGUGGAAGUUUAUGGGUACCCAUCGCUUGAGCAUCGGCACCUGUGCCACUCUGGGAAGCUUUAUGCAGAUGUCUUUUCCGGGCGGACACUUCACCCACCUGUUUGUGGAUGAGGCCGGCCAGACGACCGAGCCGGAAACGUUGAUGCCCGCGGCUGUGCUAUCCAAGGACCGGGGUCGGGUCAUCCUGGCCGGUGAUCCGCAUCAGUUGGAGCCUAUAAUAACCAGCAGAUAUGGAAGUGACUGUGGUUUCAGCAUCUCAAUGCUGGAGCGCCUGCUGAACACUCGGCCGUAUGCCAAGGACCUGGUCGGGUACCCAGACAGCUCUGGAUAUAAUCCCCUUGUGCUAACAAAGCUUUUGCACAAUUAUCGGGCCCUGCCCUCGGUUAUGGCCACAUAUAGUAAGCUAUUCUAUGACGAUGAAUUGAUACCCGUGGUAUCCGAGGAGGAUUCCCGAGAAGUCACCUUGUUGGCCAAAGUGCAGCCCUUACUGGGUACGGGAAUGCCUCGUAACCACGGUGUCUGCUUCGUUGGGAUUAAGGGGCUGAAUCUGCAGGACAACGACUCGCCCUCGUGGUACAAUCCGCUCGAAGCCAGGGAACUCUAUCUGAUGGUCUUAUCGCUGUAUCGUUCCGGAGUGACUCCCGAUCAAAUUGGCAUUCUGACGCCCUAUACGAAACAGGCGAAGACGUUAAGGGGCCUGUUCAUGGUCACAGAUAUUGUCAUGCCAAAGAUUGGCUCCACUGAAGAGUUUCAAGGACAGGAGCGCGACAUAAUGCUGGUUUCCACCGUACGCUCAUCUGAGACGCUUCUCUGCAAAGAUGCCGCCCUGGCCCUUGGAUUUGUGCGUAGCCGUAAGCGCAUGAAUGUCGCCAUAUCGCGCGCCCGCGCUUUGUUGGUUAUAUACGGAAAUCCCCAUCUCCUCAGCGUCGACGACAAUUGGCGUCAUCUCAUCACAUUCUGCGCGAACAACAAUGCCUAUUUUGGCUGUGAAUUACCCAAUUCUUUUCUGCCAGAUGAUAACGAUAAUGAAGAUGUCGCCUCCGACAACUACGAAGAUUGCGAGAAUUACGAGAAAACACUUGGGUUCUGAGACUAGAAUUAAUAAAAAUAUGACGAAUACCUAAAAGCCAUAA